AUGGAGGAUUUGGCGGUGGAGGUGUGCGGAAAAAAUGGGGCUUAUUAUAAGGUGAGAACCAUGAAAUGAAAAAAAUAUCUCGGCAAAAAUGUUGAAUAAUUAUGGAAGUUUUAUUUCCUAGGGUUAUGUGAAGAAUAUUCACCAGGAUCAAGUAACGAUUGCUUUUGAACAUGAGUACGUAUGCUAAGAUUUUGGCGGCGCGCGAUUUUGCAAUUGUCAUUCAUUGUUUACCUUUAUACAAUGUUUAUCUUCAAAUCCUUGGUUUAUUGUUUUCGAACAGACAAAAUGACUGCAGGAGGGUUCCCUAUGAAGAAGUCCGUUUGCCACCCGCUUCAAAUCAACGAUGUGAUCUAUAUGUGGACGAUGAAGUUGAGGUCUGUGUAGGGAAAACCUGUUUUUUGUACCCGGGCCCCAUGUGAUAAAAUAGCGUAAGGUCACAGGGCAUAUACUGACGUAAGGAAAGAGCUUGAUUGCUUUCAUUCACGGUGGGGUUGAUUAACAUUUCAUAUCAAUGUCCUUAAAUCACUGUGUUAUUUCUGAUUAUUAGCAAUUUUCUAUGACAAAUUGAUCCUCUAAUUUGGUGCGAUUGUGCAAUAACAGUUCAAGUGUUAACCAGUUCCAUUUCGCACAUGUGGUAGUGUAAAUUCAGUGUAAAUUAACAAGCCCAUGUGCAAUAUUUCGCGGUCAGAUGAUUUUUAAUAAGUUUUCUCAGUUGUUUACUUUAAGAUCGGGUUUUUCGGCGGUGACAGUUAAGUCAUGUAUAUACCCUAUUGUUCAACGUUAGGCUAAUUGAGAGAGAAAAUAACUCUUUGGCCUACGUCAUUUUGAGAAAUACUCGUGAAAUCCUGGAAAGAGUCGUGUGUUUUUUUUCUUUUUCGCCCUAAUGAAUGGUUUGGUUUUUUUCUCUCAAUUCAAAAAGUUAGUUUUAGCGAGGCAGUAGGGUGGGUUAUUUGUCAAAAACACUGAUAAGACAUUGGUUCUCAUACACCCUGAUAUCAGUAUACAUAUCCUCCAUACUGUUUUCUUUACAAUUCCUAAAGUGCUGACAAGGAGAAUUUAUUUAACAGUCAAGAGCUUUUUUUUAAUUGGUGAUCAUUUCCUUUAUUCUCAUGACCUCAAUGGUUGAUUCAGGGGUGAUAUUGUAAGGAGAAAUAAGAUGCUAAUCAUUCUUAUUGGUCAAAGAGUUGACAAUUUGACUCUCAUUGCUUAUUUGUAAAUUCUCUUUAUAAUUUUGUUGAAGCAUAAGGCAAACAGGUUAUAAGAAUAAUGACACUGAUCAACAAAGAUAUUUGCAAGGCUGUCAAUAAGUUUGAAAGAAGGCAAAUAAGGAAUAGUAGGUGGCCAGGUUAUGAUGGAUGCCAUGUUUUUUUCAUCAGAUUACGUGCAAGACAAGGAAAUAUUCAGUUAAUUAAGAAAUCCCAUACACAUCGUUAAUAUUACAUGCACUUUCAAGCAAAUACUGAAUGUGGAAUUGAUUCAGUUAUUUUACCCAGUUUCUAGUUAAUAAUGCUUUUAAUUCCAUUAUAAACUGGGAAAUGGUAUCUUUACAGUUUUCUGGAGUGGCAUUUCAAUAAUAGUACAAUUUUUCAUCAGUACCUACGUUGUGGCAGUAGGAAUUGAAAGCACCCUGCUAAAUAUGGCAGAUUAGCUAGCAAUUUUGGUGGGUUACUGGUGCUUAUUGACAGCUCUGAAUUAUGUAUUAAGGUUUUUCGAGAUAACUCUUCACACCUUGAUGUCAGUAUGCAUAUUCUCCAUACUGUUCUCUAUACAUUUCCUAGGGUGCUGACAAGGAGAAUUUGUUAAAAAUCAUGAGUUUCUUAAAUUGGUGAUCAUUUCCUUCAUUCUCAUGACCUAAAUGUUAGAUUCAGGAAUGUUACUGUAGCAAGAAAUUAGAUGCUUUUCACACUUGGGGUUUAAGAGUUAAAGAAGAGUUCAAAAUUGAAUAAGUGAUGCUUGUUUGUUUAUCAAUUAAAGGUGUUUACUCGAGACGAUGAUGGGGAGCCUUGUGGCUGGUGGUUGGCCAGAAUUGUUCACAAAAAGGGAGAGGUAUUUAGCCUUACUUUUAAUGUUUACUGAUUUUCAAAAAAAGUACAUACAAAUGUUCCCAUUUGUAGAUAAAUCAAGACAGCUCUUUGCAAAAUUCUUAAGGACCUUAUUUUACAGAAUUGCAGUCUUGUUGAAACCUAUCUUUCUCUAUACAGGAUGUUUUUAUAAUUUUAAACCUUAAUGUUAUACUGGAUGCUUCUUACCUAGAAAUUAAACCUACAACCCAGAUCACAAGGGAUGAAAAUUUUGCUUUUCCUGAUUCUCUCUCCCUCCUCUCUUUCCCCAAUGCAAUGUUGACUGAAUAAUGUUUUUGUUACCAACACAUAUGUACUCUAGUAAUAUUUGACACUGAAGGAGGGAAUGGAUUUCCAAAACUUUCAUUGUGGGUCACAGAUCAACACUUGAUAUUUUUUUUGAUGAAUUUUGCAAAAUGAUGUGUUGAAGAUCUUGAUAAUGUAACCUAGAUUUUGAACAAGUUCCCUGUAGCUCACUUGGUAGAGUUUUGAACUAAAAUAUCAGAACUAGCAGGGGUUUGCAUUCCAUAGCUUCAAAUCCUUUGACCAGUGCUCCUGAAAAAUGUUUAACACCAUGAUUUAUUUUGUUCUUUGUUGAUCUAGGAUGAGAUACUGCAAGAACUGUGCCUGACCCAGUGUUUAUUUAUUUUUUUUUAGUUCUAUGUGAUUCAGUAUGCUGGAUGGGAUGCAACUUUUAAUGAGAUUGUUCCACGAGAGAGAAUACGCCCCUCCAGUCGCAAGUGAGUUUUCCAGAAGAGAAAGUUGUUUAUUUUCUCUUUACUCUUUUUUUUCUCUCUGAUUGAUUCAUUAGAAAUCAUAUUUUUUGGCAUAUACACAUCAAAGUUCACUUUCAAUGCAAUGUUUGUUUUGUGGAAGUGUUGAAAAUUUCUGUUUCCAUGAAAGUGGUUCCCAUCUGAGAGACAUUAGUCAUAGUUGUUUUUAGGUACCAAGCUUAUAUGAUAUAAGAAUUGCAGCAACAUUAAUAAAAAAUAGACCAAUGCAAAAUAGGGUGCAAUUAGGUUUUCAUGUAUAUCAUACUGUUUUGUUAGAUUACACGCAAGAUUUGGAAUUAUUUAGUCAAAAUGUCACAGGGGAUCUAGAAGGUGCAUAUGAACCUAAAAGCCAAUUCUGAACAUAGAAUAAAUUUGCAUGUCUUAACCUUUAAGUGGUACAUUUUGCAUUCAACUAUUCUUGACAAGUCUAAGAAAUGGUUGCUGUGCAAAUUUUGUCUGUGGCACUUCAACAAUGCUUUGAAGCUUUUAGGGUAAUGGAGUUAAAAGUGACUGGCUGAAGAUGAUGAAUUAGCCAGCAGGUUUGGCCUUCUAGACAAUACUGAACAUUUAAAUGGGAUCCCUUCAAUAUUUUUUAAGACUGAGCUUAUCCUUUAAGUUCUUUUUUUUUUAAUUUUUUUUUAGCAAUAUUGAUUGGAGUGUUGAAAUUAAACCAGGAUUGCUUCAGUUGUACUUCACUUUGCUCUGUGAUUGGUCUAGAAAACUUGUAACCAAUCACAUGCAAACUAAAAUCAACCCUAACUUGAACAUUUUCAUUUUCCUGUACUUCAGGCAGUUAACCUCUUCAUUCUGAACUGUCAUUGGCUCUCUGUAAUAUUUUUCUUCAAUGGGAUUGGCUAUUGUAACUUUUUAAGCUUUGGUCUUAUGAUGUUGGGUGGGAGAUGCAGUGGGGUAUUGGUAAGUGGGCUGAGAGGUCUGGGUCCAAUACUGGGCAUUGUGUUGUGUUACUGGGGAAAACACUUUCCUCUUCACUGUGCGCCUCUCUCCAUCCAAGAGUAUAAUUGGAUACCGUUGAAUGGUUAGGCAAGCCUUAUGAAAUGCAGGGGGGGGACCUUGGGGUGGACAAGCAUCCUAUCCAGGGGUAGUAGUAAUACUACUGAUCACUUCAUGCUAUGGAAGCUAAGAUAGAACCUGGCUGAUUGGGCUGUUAAGCUAGAGUACAGAAGUGAUUAACAUAGAAAUUCUCCCUAUAUUAUUCAUACAGUGCACAUAUAUAUGAGUUUCAUAUAUUUACAGUCAUUAUUCACCACUUGGAAGGUUUAUUUGGAUCCAGCUACUAGUUCAGUAGUGUUCAUAACUGUGAGGAUGGCUUUGUCUCUCCAACCGCAGUGCACAUAUAUAUGAUUUUCUUAUAUUUACAGUAAUUAUCAGUGGGAAGUUAUUAUCUUGAUUUAACACUAAAUUCUCAGAACUGAUUUACAAGGAAAUGUUUUGCAGCUAGAGGGGAGAAUUAACAAUCAGAUCUUGGGAGUUAAUGGAUUAAUGGAAGAAACAGAUUGACUGCUUGGUGAAUCGACCAAUGUACUGAUAAAAUUAUCACUUAAUUGAUGGUCCUUUUAAUUGACUCAUUGUUUUAUUGCAGUGGACCAAUUUGUAAAAGUAUGUACCACAAGGUGAUGAUAGAUGUCCCUCAGGAUCUUAGACAACUGUAAGUUCUUCCACUGAUAUGUGAUGUUUACCUUACCUUACCUUACAUGAGACCUUUGUUAAGGCCUGUUUACAUGGAUGUGGUAGGUGAGGUAACCUGCCUAGCCAUGGUCUGAAAAUAACCUGAAUGUACAUGCAAUCUUACUACGUGGGGGUGAAGUUUCUCAAGGUUGUUAUUGCACUUUAAAUAAAGGAGUUUAAGAUAUCACUAUGGCAACCUGUAAUAAAAUGUGGUGGAAAAAAGAUAAUUUAUUUUCUUCUAAGAUUUUUGCUAGUAGCUUGAUGUGUUAAGUGUUUCCGACAAUGCAAUGUCAUAAUGUGAAUGUAGUGUUGAGCUCCAAGUAAACAUAUUACCAAAUCACUGUCAAGCUUUCAUUGCUAAGAGGACAUGAAAAUAGGUGGUUUAACAUUUUACAUGUAGCUCUACAUGGAAUGGCAAGGGAAUGUGCAAAGUUUUAACACACUUGUGUUUCACUAUUGUUUUGCUCAUUUGAACUUUGUGUAACAUAAAUGCCUCCCUGCUUAUGCAGCUUACUCCACCUUAUAUCUGCAACCCUUAACCCUCAACCUCUAACAGUGACUCGCAUCUAAUUUCUCCUUACAAUAUCACCCCCGAAUCACACUUUAAGGUCAUGAGAAUAAAGGAUAGAUCACCAACUGAAGAAGCUCUGGAUUGUUUACCCUUUUAACUCCCAUGAGUGACCAAAAGAGAAUUUCUCCCUCCAAUAUCAAUACAAUAUCAACUAGAUGAGUGAUGAGAAUAAAGAAAAAUAUCAAUUUGGGGAUAAUUAGUUGAUCCAGUACUAAAUUCUCUGAACUAACAUUAUAAGAAUUGUAUGGUUGACAGUAAGGAUAAUUACAAAUUUGAUCUGGGAAUUAAAGAGUUAAAUUCUCUUUGUCAGCGCCUUAGGAAAUGUGUAGGGAACAGUGUGGAAAAAAUACAUACUGUUGUUUGAGCGAAAAGUUUUAAUGAUCGAGAUUCAAUCUAUUCCUGUAUUGUGUGCCUAUCAACUUCACUCUAGUGCUGUUUUACAUAUUGUUUUUUCUUUUUUCCUCUUCUUUUUGCAAGCUGAUUUAUUUUAUGCCUUUGUUUUCUUAUCACCAAAUUCAUGCUUGUGUCAGGAAACGCUUUCUUCGUCAAUGUCAGCUGAGCUAUUGGGAUCAGACAAAAAGAAUAGAUUACUGGGGGCCUCUAAUUUUAUCCAUGAAUUUAUUUACUUGUCUUUGUAAGUACUAGGUUGCUUGUGUAAAUGCAGAUAGUUUUGCAGAGAGUGGAUGGAACUGAUAAAGAAACAUUUCCGCUGAUAAAAAUGCUCAAAUUCCUCUCCGUAAGAAAAUCAAUUUCCUGUGGAACGGGUCAUUAUUUACUGCCUAAGAGGGGAGGAAGUGGGUGUUUGGAGAGAUUUGCUUUUCCCUCAGCAUAUAUUAUUAAAAAAACAAACAACUUACAGAUCUCUCACAAGGCAGGUGAGUGUCGAAGGAAAAAAUCUGCAAAAGAGCAAGUUUCCACGUUUAAUUUUUUUUCAGAACAAGGAUUAUGUAAUGUACCAAGUAAUAGCCCAUCUUUUUUGUUCAAGGUUCAGACAAGUAUCUUUUUUAGGUGGAAAUAAGCUGCCUUAACUGGUUUCAAUUAACUUCCUCGUUUUUCCUUCGAUUCCCUUAUCACGUUUCACAUGCAAAUGAUGAAAUAUGGUAUCAUUUCAUUUUCAUGACGAAGCAUUGUUUAACCAUUGACACCCGAACUAAAUUUCAUGGCAAGAUCGUUCAAAAUGAUAAUUAAAAAAGCAGAAGAGAAAUACCAGCUUUUAAAGGAUGGUCAGAAUUUUAUAUCCAGCAACUUGAAAAUUUUUUUAACUAGAUUACAAUUUAUGUUUGAAUUCAUUUUUAAUUUUAAAUUAAAUUUUUAUCGAAAAAAUUAACUUCUUUUUUCGAACAGCUCGGUGAAAUUUCGCUAAUAUUACUCAAGAUAUGGGAAAUUACAUUUUCCAUUUCGAAAAUUGGCUUGGAAUAUCUAGCAGUUCAACGUACGCUGGACAGAAAAAAAGUUUCACACGAAUUUCCGUGAUUCCAUCGAGAUUUUUCUUAUUUAUUAAGUUAUUUCUAUAUUUGCAAAUGGAAAGACUUAUCCACAUUUUUCCAUGCCAUUCAUUCGCAUGAUCAUAAUAAAUAAAAAAACCAAUAAUGCUGCACCUUUAUAACUUAAGACUCAUUUCUAUGCCGUCUAUUUGAAGAAAAGUUCCUAUCGAAAAAGUUCCCAAUCAAAUAACGAGCUCCAAUGACCCGCCAAAAAAUCAAAGAUGCAAGCAGUUUGGUAAUGCAGUGUCUGAUAUUGUGGCUUCCUACCUCCUGAAGUUCUUGUGAGCUCACGUUGAAAUUCAUCCAACCUGUGUUUUGGCGUACCAGCUUGUCUGAUUCCCAAGGAGUUUUGUCAAGUAUUAUGCAGAUCCAGUUUUUAAUCCUUUGUUUCAGAUUAAAAGAAGCACACCUCGUUGUUCGCAAGCAGAUAUCAAGACAUUCCAUUUUUGAAACCACAAACUGUUUUGAAAGCCAGCGCUGAUCUUUGUCUAACCUUCCGGGAAUUUGUCGAGUCUCCAAGAUAUUCUCGAAAGAAUUCCAGCAUGAUUCUCCGGUUACAAAAGAAAUAAGAAAACAGGAGAAAAUUAUUGGCAAUUUUUCUCUAAUCAUUAUCGACGUUAUUUCCAGUCAAAGAUCUGUUCAAAUGUUGAAGUCGUAAGUGGUUUUGACACCCUGAAAAGAAAUUGUCUCGCUUCAAUCUCGCUCUAUGCUUUUUAGACAAUUUAUCAUUUCAUUUUACAGAAAAUUAAAAGAAAUUUUCAAGCGACGCAAUAUUACAGUAAUUGACAAUAAUUAAUGUGGAGGUAAAUAUCCACCACUUUUUCCGAAACUGGUAAAUGUUUUAGUAUGUACCACACGCACACACACACACAAAAAGUUAAUUUUUGUCAAUUCAUCGAAAAGUAGUCGGAAAAUAAACCCUUGACGCGCGAGUUUGUCUCUUUGGCUACUCGGAGCGAGGUGAAUAAGUGAGUUAUCACUCCCGAACCAGCUAAUCGGCGCGCGCUAAAAGCUCAGUACUCAUCUGUGUGGCGUGCGUGAAGUGCUUUUACUUCAUCUCGUUUUGAUUAGGUACAGCCAAAUUUCCAACCACAAAUGAACGUUUGAUUAUUCUAUGACGAGAUGGUACAAAAGUUUUGAUCUUUGGAGCUUUUUUCAGCUCCAUAACAGUUGGGGCAAUGCAUUUCCAAAUAAGGUGACUCAGAAUAUCUGCUGGUAACUGGGGUUUAGUGAACCAAUCAGAACACUAGAGAUGCAAUAUUCCGCGGAGUUGAAAAAAAUCAAUAAUGGCUAGAGUAGUAUAGGAUUAAGUCCCGAAAAAACCAAAACCAAAGUGAUCACAACUGUCCGUCAGAGCAAAGGUGAGCAUCAUCGUUAGCCAAUGACAACUCAAAGUAAAAACAUGAAACCUGUUUGAAAUCAACGGGAAAACUCGAGUGAUGAGGUUGCGAUUGGUUUUCGUGUUGUGGCGAGACGUUUACAUGGCAAAUUGUCACCCCCGCUGACAGGGUUACCCUCGCCAGCAGACUAGGCAACGCGCGUAGACGGGUCACCCCACCUUUAAUGUAGAGAUUAUAUGGACAGGCAGGUUACCCCACCUAGGCGAGUUACCUCACCUACCAGGGGUCCCCCACCUCCAUGCAAACAGGUCCUAAAAAAAAGAUGCAUAAACACCUGAAAUAAUAUAUAGGUAUUAAUCAAUUAAUCAUCAACUUAAUAGUAAGCUUCUAAACGAUUUGUAAAUAUGCCUUGAAAUAAUUACUGACUUUUGGUUUGCAACACUUGCGUGCUACGUUUUUAUUAUGAGGGUAAGUUUCUAAAAAAUUGUGAUGUUGCAUCAGUUGGGGGGGGGGUAUUUGGUUUUAUCAACUGAAUUGUUAAUGUAAGGUGGUCACUUUAAAAAAUCUCUAAAGCUGAUGUUUCACUCGUCAGAGUGAAUAGAAUAAUUGGGAUUGUGUGUGUUUUACAUUCAUGAAAAUGGCGCUAUGCUUUGGGUCAGAACAUGGUAACGUGAAAAAUAGAGAAAUAAAUUAGUUGCUUAAAAAGCGUUUGUUGAAGUUUUGUCCGAUUGUAAAAUUUCAUGGCAAGGAUGGUCAUGGUUUGUAGAAAAUUUGAUGUAGAUUUUGUGUCUUUCUGUCAUAGCUGCAAGGAUGAGAUGACGCAUAGAGAGUUCAAGAAACAGUGUGGUGCUUCUUGUGUUUAUUACCUUGAUGAAUUAGCAGUGCUUGUUGCUUUGGUAAGAAUACAUCAAUGACUUGUUUUAGAUCUCAAAGGAGAAUCUUGCAAAUUUUUGAGGAUAAUUUUUUACGUACUACAGUAUUUUACUGAUGUCCAGGUUAAUUCUGAAGACAGAGCUUUCAUGGCCUUUGCAAUUUCAUGUAGUAAAAUAAACAUCUGUUUUUAUCAAAAGAACUACUUGUUAUUGUACUCCACAGUCUCGUUCUGAACGCCCAGUGAAGUGUGCUGCUAUGCUUAGUGAAAUUCACUUCAGAAGUCUUAGAACAAAAAUGCUGCUACAGUCCUGGAUGGAUGAGACAGCAAGACAAGUGGAGGUAAGAUGCUACCUUAAAUUGUACCUUUUGCAAACUUUUGGGGCCGACUGUGAUAUCAUCAUGGCGAAAGGGUCCGGUCAUCAUAUGCGUAUUACCCGAAAUAUAAACCCCCCUGAGGCCUGACCUCUGGUAGGCGACCAUCUUUGGUAAGCAACCACCUCCCAUAAGUGACCACCUCCGUAAGCGACCACCUCCCGUAAACGACCACCUCCUAGAAGCGACCACCUCUUAUAAGCGACCACCUCCCGUAAACGACCACCUCCCGUAAGCGACCACCUCUUAUAAGCGACCACCUCCCGUAAACGACCACCUCUUAUAAGCGACCACCUCCCGUAAACGACCACCUCUUAUAAGCGACCACCUCCCGUAAACGACCACCUCCUAGAAGCGACCACCUCCCGUAAACGACCACCUCUUAUAAGCGACCACCUCCCGUAAACGACCACCUCCCGUUAACGACCACCUCCCGUAAGCGACCACAUAGACUUGAUAUUAUGGGUGGUUCGACUGUAUAUAAAACUAAUAGAACAUAUGCCGGUCCACAUUUGGAGAAAUUGUGCAUGCUAAGACAAAUUAUUUUAGUUGGUAUUUUUUUUCGAUUUCUUAGUUGUCUUAUAUGUUGCAGACUGCGAAGAAACAGAUGGGUAUCGUUGAAAUGCUAACCCUUCCCGAUCAUCUUAUGGGUCUUGCCAUUGGUGCCCAGGGCGCCAACAUCCAACAGGCUCGGAGACUAGCAGGGAUCAUCUCUAUUGAGGUGGAUGAGGAAAACUGCACUUUCCACAUCUGCGGAGAAGUAAGUAAUUUGUAUCGUUUUUUUUACCCUUUGUUUCCACUUGUGACUAGCAUAGACUUUUUUUUUACGUUUUAGAACGAAGCAAGCGUUAAAGAAGCCAGGCGGUUGUUAGAGUUUGCCGAGGAGACUGUUUAUGUACCAAGACCUCUUGUAGGUGAGUUUGGAAAAAUUUCCCUUUUUCUUUUGGUGCUAUUUUGAAACUCUAGUUCUGACAGUUCCAGCUGUUCCUUCGCUGUGACUAUUGAUAAGGGCUCGUGGAGACCAAAUUGUAGCUUUUUAAUUCAAAAUGAACGCCUGCUUCCUAGAAGCUCUUAGUGUUACUCGGUUGGGCUUUGGUAACAGGUAGCUGUUCAUUUUUGGGAACUGAUGUGUUUAUUAUCCAUAGGACAUUUUAGCCACGAGCGCGACUAAAAGUCCCCUCCCCUUUAUACUCUGUUAGCGGCGACCAACCCCCCCUCCCCUCUCCGUUCUAAUGAAAACGUGAUCAACCAAAAUGCUUCGCUACACCCCCUCCCAGGUGAUGGAAAAUGACUGCCCGCGUAAUAUUUUCCCGCGUAAAUUGUUAACUUUCCAACUUCCCAUUGAUCUGUAGACUUGAUUUCUUCUAAACAAACAAACUUGUCCCUUCUUCUUAACAACAGCGAAACGUUCUACCUUCUUGAAUUAAACUUAAAACGAAGAUCUUUAUCAAAUUGGACGUAAGUUUUCAAAAUUGAGGAUUACUUGCGAGGAAUAUCACUGGAUAUUCGUCAAUUCAUGGUUAGGACAUCUUAAAUCGCGUGACGCGUUUAAAACAUUACGCAUCACCAUUCCUCGUUGUAACAGAGAAAGAUAAUUGUAUAUUUAGAUAAAGGGGACUAUUGGACACCGAAAUACAAAAACAUUUGACGUACCAUAAAUGUCUUGUUUAAUCAUUUUUUUUUUCACUCAGGGAAAGUCAUAGGUAAGAGUGGUCGCAUCAUACAAGACAUUGUAGACAGGUCAGGCGUGACGCGUGUUAAAAUUGAACCUCCAGAAGAUAGAUCGUCUAUGGAUGAGAAGGCUGCCAAGGUUUGUUAUCAUAAAGUGACAUUACUUUUUCCUUGCAUGCAGGACAGUGGUCUCACAAAAUGCGUAGGACGCGCCCCUUUCGCGCAAGAAAAUGGCGGGAAACAUGACUUACGCCUUGCGACGAGGGAAAAUGUGCAAUUAACUGCAUACGUCGCUGAACAGCCGUUGCCGAGCGCGGGAAAAAGGGUCUCUUGUGCAAAGCGCGGAAAACGUGGAAUAGGAAACUGGUCCUCAAGGCGAGACUUUUAUACGACCGUUAUCAGGCGCGGGAAAAACAUGCCGUUGCUGCCAAGAGUUCGCACCAAGCGCGCGUAACGCAGAGCGCCAAGUACAGGCUAGCGUGUGGCCGUUGCGAAGCGCGGGAAAACAGACGGCGGAGGUUGAGUGCGUAUAAUCUCGAACAUAAGGUAAUUUCUGUUUUUUCAUUUUGUUGCAGAAAGAAGUUUCCUUCCUUUUUGUUGGAACAAAAGAGUGCAUCGCUAAUGCGCGGAUGAUGUUAGAUUAUCAUUUAUCGCAUUUAAGGGUAAGCAUUUAGAUAGAUUGUUGAAUCGUUGGACAACAAGUUCGUCGGUAGGAACUGACUUUGUGAGCAAUGUUCAUGUGGAGCGCUCUAAGUUGCCGUGGAAAGAAUGAAAAUAAAUUAGUUUGCCAGACGCAGAGAGGUUAACUUUACAGUGGAUCAAAGAGAAAAUCGUUGACCGUGUUAGUGGCUUAGAGUUUUAUCGACUGCAAAUUUUUUUUUUAUGUAUUAUCAUACAGGAUGUUGAGCUGAUGAAGAAAGAGAAGGAAAGUUUAGACAGUCAGCUUAGGAGUAUGGGGAUAAACCCGCCCCCAGGCCCCGCUUACAUACCCACUCCGGCGGAGAUGCGGCCUGGACCGAGCCUCUCCUUCAUUGGGCAGGACAAUAUGUUGAGCAUACGAGACCGUUCUCUAACCACGGAGAGUUUCGCGGGGGAUUUGAGUGAAGGGAUGUUCGUAAGCACUAAAGACGGCCCGAAAACGAAGCCGACCGUACGAAUAAGGUCGAGCAGUGAGUCGGAAGGUACCGAGAACAAAGCGAAUUCACAGCAGUCCACGAAGGUAAGUUUUGAAUUUGAGUUCGUCAUAAGUCGUGAUAAACCGUGAAAGUUUUUCGACUACGCGGUUUCUUUGAAGUCGCAACUGAUCAUGAUUUCCUUCAUGAUCCUACUUUGUUCUGAAUCUGGUUUUUUGUUCCAGAAUACUGGAAACCGGCGGGCAUCAACGCCCACACCAGAAUUGAAAGGAAUCGAAGAGGAGACUGAGGAGGGCGAUCAGGGGAAGAGUGAGACUGGCGCGACCGCAAAAAAUGAACCCAGCGAGAAAGAAGAGGUUGUAACAUGUAAGUAUGUUCAAGGAAACUUCAUUGAUUUGCUUCACUUAGUCUUGAUUGUGAUUGGUUUGAAAUGUCGCACGAGUUUUAUUGACCCAUCAAGAAUAGCAUUGGGUUCAAAAGGAAAAUAAGUGAAGUAUUUAAUGUUAUUUUCGACACUCAGUUGAAAUCGCUCUUUACGCUUUUUGAUUGAACAUUGCACGGAUUACGAUCGAAGUGAUUAUUUACAAUAAACUUCAUUAUCUGGCAUAAUACGCAGACUUCAGAAGUAUUCUCCUUUUGGAGUAUUUUUACAUGACGUCCCUUUUUGACUUGUUUCCAGCCUCCUCCCCACCCAGAGAAGGAAAAGCUAGGAGACAGUCGCCUUGGUUCACGGGAGGCAACCGACGAGCAGAUAGCGAAGGAAAAGACGAGAAACGAAACGACGCACAACGAAAGAACAGUGAUCAUAAUGACUCAAGAUCAAACCACGGCAACGGAAGCAAACAGCAGGGCCGACAAGAUCAGAGGCAUCGUAGCGGAAGUAAACCUCAACAGCAAAGGCAACAGUCACAGCCAGUACAAAGACCCCGAGGAAAUAGCGGCGGCCAAUUCCGGCCGAGCAGUGGAAGUCUUUCGGCGAAUUGGAGAGAGCGCCAAUCUGAGCCGACGCCCAAGGAAAAAACGAAGGAAGUUGAGGUUAAGAAAGAUAGUGAAAAAAGCACGGAGCGCAAGAUCUCUAAGGGAGACGACGAGAAGAAAGCAAAAGGAACAGAAGAGGUAAAACAAAAUGGAGAUGCGAAGAGCCCGGAUGAGAAACCGAGCGGGCCUGUGAGCGAUGAAAAGCCCGCUGACUCAUGCGCGGCUAAAAGUAAGACUCCGCAAACUAAGAGAAACGUUCAAGAGAAUUGA